GCAUCUCACAAAUGGUUCAAUUCACUGUAACAGAAUGUGCCUUAUAAAUGAUACGACAAUUAUAGGUUAGACGGAUUAAAAUCGGUCUUAUUUUUUUUAUUGUGCGACAGGAAAUAAAAAAAAUAUAUCGUCUGCCAUUCUAGGAUCCAAAAUGAACUAGAGAGAAUUGUAUUGAUUCGUCAAUAUUCAGAAUGGUCUUGAAUAUUAAUUCUGCAUGGAAUGUUUGAAAAUGAGAGACAUGUCUGCAUGUACUGAGGAAUAUCAAUGAGAAAUACAUGUAUUUUCCGAAUGUCUUAGUAUUUCAAUGAAUGGAGGCUUGAGGAAUUCAACUUUCAAAAAUCGUUUCCGAAUCAAGAUGAGGGAAAGAUUGGCUUUCAUCUUUUUGCUGGCAGUGACAUCAUUGCCAGGAACUUUUCAAGCUUGCACGAGGCCAACAACUGGCGAUAAUGUGGUAUUAAGCGCCGAGUUAAGCAGUUACUAUGAUUACUAUUACCUCCAGAUAUCAUGUGAAGAUGGUUACACGCAAUCAGGGACUACGUAUAGUUACUGCUACCCCGGAACAGGAUGGGAUCCUGACCCUAGUACUGUCGAAUGUCAACAACCCUGCUCGUUGCCCAACAUCGAUUCUGACGUCACAGUGGAACCGGAACAAACGACCUACACGAUCGGUGAGAAGGUGACUUUCUCGUGUACCUCUGGAACCUUGGUCGGUUCAGAAGAAGGGACCUGCGGCAGCAAUGCAACAUGGAGUAUCGGAACCAAACCAUCGUGUCUAGAUGGUUGCACGGCUCCUCAUAAUUCAAAUGGAACAGGUUCAUAUGAACACACAAGCACAGAAACUUUCAUGUGCGAUACAGGUUAUCAGCUUUCCAUCGGUGACAUCACAAUAGAAACAACCUGUGACGAUGGUUCGUGGAGCCCGAAUGUCGAAUGCUCAAGCAGUGGUUGUAUACCUCCCACGGUGCCCACCAAUGUGACGUAUGCACCGGAUGAAACGAUUUAUGACGUAAACUUCAGAAUUUCAUUGUCAUGUGACGGGGAGACCACGCCCUUCGGACCCGAGUUCUCUUACUGUAAUUCGUCAAGAGAAUGGGAGCCCAGCCCCCUCUUACUACGUUGCUAUGAUAAAUGCAAGGUGCCGACGUUCUCCGACUCGAACUUGAUCGUGACCUCUGACCUCUCUGGUUUAUCUGGCGAGUCCUACUACGACCACGCGGACACUGUGAGAUUUUCUUGUACAGGAGGUCUCUACGUGGAUGGUCCGUGGAAGACCAGCUGUAACAAAGGGGCGUGGUCCAUCGGCAUAGGCGGGGAUUCCCCAACGUGCAGGGCUAACUGCACAGCCCCGUCGAAUACAUUGAUGGAGGGUCAAACGUUUAACCAUGGCCAUUCUGAAGUUAUCACAUGCGUUGAUGAACCUGGUAUGGUCAGGCUCGGUGGACCGAAGACUUUCUGCAACGACGGGUCUUGGAAACCAAGUGUACUCUGCAAAUAUAAAACUGAACUCUAAUGGUGAUGAUAGAAAGAUUUCCUGCCAAUCAAGAUAAACUUCUAAUCAGGAACUCCACCAUGAGAAAAAAGGAAGGAAAUAAAGUUUAAUCAUAAAGUAUUAUUCACAAGAUGAUCGGCGAUACGCAGGGCCUAUAUUCGGAAGCCGGUGCCACGUUCUGUGACAAAAUUAUUUUACGCCAUGAGUGUCAAGCAUUAUAAAUCUAUAUUAUUUGUAUAACUUUGUCUGUUUGUGUAAGAAUGGUUUUAAUGGUAGAAAGCUAUUGCAGUUAUCUUUUCGAAACAAUUAUCGAUAAGUGCCAAUUAAUUGCGUUGUUACAUUGGAUUUGACCUCUGCUCUCAGAUAUACAUGCCAAAUUAAUCUUUUCAUAGUUGACCAAUACUUAUUUAAGACAAGAGUCUUAAAUUUAGGAUAAGAAUACAGCUCCUCUGAAACCUAAUUCUUAAUUCCUCUUGAGAGAUUCGAAAUGCGGGUCAUGGAAACUAUUUAUUCAUUAUUCGCAGACAGUUAAUAUAAAUCAUGUUAAUUGAAGUUUCAACUUUGCUGAAAAAACCUCUUCUGGUAAAUAUUGUGCUUUUUAUAUUUACCAUUGAAAGUUCUACCAUAUCUUUAACCUAUAUCUUAAUUGAGCCUUACUUUAGAUUACGUGCUACUGGAAGAACAUAAUCUUAAAAUAUUACAUGCGACUUUAAACGCCUAGAACUGAUCCACUGCAAUGUGAAAUAAAGAAUCUAAUGUCAUCUGUA